CUAUUCCUCCCACUGACACCAAUGAUGGGACACUAUUUCUCCCACUGAUACCAAUGAUGGGGCACUAUUCUCCCACUGACACCAACGAUGGGGCACUAUUCCUCCCACUGACACCAACGAUGGGGCACUAUUCCCUCCCACUGAUACCAAUGAUGGGGGCACUAUUCCUCCCACUGACACCAACGAUGGGGCACUAUUCCUCCCACUGACACCAACGAUGGGGCACUAUUCCUCCCACUGAUACCAAUGAUGGGACACUAUUCCUCCCACUGACACACCAAUGAUGGGACACUAUUUCACUCCAUAAGACACACUUGGAGGGAAAUUAUUCCCGCCACCG